CGACGGUGAGGAAUCUGCGUUUGCGAAUGCACAGACAGAGGCGGAAGCGCAGCGCCCCGCGACUUAUUUCGCGCCUUCUCCAGCCCUGGAAGAUUAACUGCAAUGAAGAUGACAGAAAGGUACAAUAUUUUUAGCUAUGUACUGAAUUUCCUUUUUUGGCUGCAGUGCUGGUGAAUACCAGGAACAAAAUCUUAAUCCAUCAUGGCUGUUCCAAUAGCAAUCCUGGACUGUGAUCUCUUGCUUUAUGGUCGUGGGCAUAGGACACUUGAUCGCUUCAAGCUGGAAGAUGUUACUGAUGAGUAUCUGGUGUCUACAUAUGGCUUCCCACGUCAGUUCAUCUACUACCUAGUAGAUCUUCUGGGUGCCAACCUUUCUCGUCCUACCCAGCGAUCUAGGGCUAUCAGCCCAGAGACUCAAAUUCUUGCUGCAUUAGGUUUUUACACAUCUGGCUCUUUCCAGACCCGCAUGGGAGAUGCCAUUGGCAUCAGUCAGGCAUCUAUGAGUCGAUGUGUUGCCAAUGUUACUGAAGCCCUAGUGGAGAGGGCUUCUCAGUUCAUUCAUUUUCCAGAGGACAGUGCAUUCAUGCAACAAGUGAAAGAUGACUUCUAUGCAUUGGCAGGUAUGCCAGGGGUACUAGGACUGGUGGAUUGCACCCAUGUAGCAAUAAAGGCACCAAAUGCUGAAGACUUGUCAUAUGUAAAUCGAAAGGGCCUUCAUUCCUUGAAUUGCCUAAUGGUGUGUGAUGCCAGAGGAUUGCUGCUAAGUGCAGAAACACACUGGCCAGGCAGCCUGCAAGACUGCACUGUACUGCAGCAGUCUGCCCUAAGGAACCAGUUUGAAGCUGGUAUGUACAAAGAUGGCUGGCUACUUGGUGAUAAUUGUUUCUUUCUUCGCCCUUGGCUAAUGACUCCUCUGCAUAUUCCUGAGACACCUGCAGAGUACAGAUAUAAUAUGGCACAUUCGGCCACUCACAAUGUCAUUGAGCAAACAUUCUGGUCAAUUCGAUCCCGGUUUCGUUGCCUGGAUGGAUCAAAGGGAACAUUGCAAUAUUCUCCAGAGAAAGCCAGCCACAUCAUCUUGGCUUGCUGUGUGCUUCAUAACAUUGCUCUGGAGCAUGGGCUGGAUAUAUGGUCUUCCCUGACAAUGGGACAGAUGGAACAGCCAGAGGAAGAAUAUGAGCAUAUGGAAUCACUUGACUCUGAAGCCUAUCAAGUUCGCAAGGAAUUACUGAUCACUCACUUUAGCUAACACAAUGAGACAUAUCACUGAUUUUAAAAAAAAGGUGGGGGGGGGGGAGGGAAAAUGAAGCAAAUAUGGCCAAUUCUGAUUUUCCUUUAAAACUUAACAAGAGAAUGGAAUGGAGGUAGGAUUAUUUGUAGGUGCUAUGUGGGGGCAGGGAGGUGCUGAAACAAUUGUUUUGUAUUUGGAAAAUAUUCCACAUUUAUUAGAAUUGCUUUUUGUUAUGCAAGUUUUAGCUCAAUCUGAAAAUACUCAGCAUUUCACUACUAAUGUUCAGUCUUUUUGGAUGCAGUUCUUCAGAGACACAAAUAUGAGAUCAAAGAAGAUGACUGUCCUAGUAAAAUGUAAUAUCUUUAAGGAUUGCAAAAUGUAUUAAAAAGCAUCUUGUAAUUAGAUUCUAAACAAUUGCAUUUAUAUUACUAACUGAAAGUAAUUACAUAUUGACUUGUACACAUAUUGACUUGUACACCGUAAACAUCUACAUAAGACCCCCCUUUUUUGCUAUAUAAUUUACCACUCUUGUUUGUCUUUUAAAAAUGUAGGAACAAUUGCAGUUGUGUAAGGAAAUGAAUGGCACAAAGUCCUUUGUUUCUUGUACAAAAUGACAAUACGUUGUGGCAUAUUUAUGUCUUAGUGGAUAUAUGAAGGUAUUUACAGAGGCAAAAGUGUAAUGGGAGACUUAAAAUCUCUUGCCUGGGAACAUUUAUUUGAAAUGGCACAUGUGGGCAAGUGAAUUUUUAACUGGUAGCAUCUGUUUGAAAUGAACCAGAUUGCUAAGUUUAAGUACAUCUCCCAUAGCAUAGGAGAAUUUUUGUUUUCUUGCUGUUAACAUAGACAAUAUUAUUAGAUUCAUUGGUUUGAACAAAGAACUGGUGUGCAUUACUUGCAAGAAAAAGCUAUGGUACUGGAGAUUUUCAGUUUAGACAAAACAAAACCCAGGCAAAGGGAAACUUGAUAGAGCUUUAUACAAUACUAUAUAGUGUAGCAAAAUUGGACAGAGGGUUUUCUCUUUCAUUACACUAGAACUCAGGGUUAUUCAGUUAAACUAGCUGGCAGGUGAACAUAGUUGAUUUUUUUUAGAUUGUAAGCCUGAGGGCAGGGAACCGUCUAACUAAAAAGAUUGCAUGUACAGCGCUGUGUAAAUUUACAGCGCUUCAUAAAUAAAGGUUAAUAAUAAUAAUAAUAAUAAUAAUAAUAAUAAUUUAUGGAAAUCACUGCCACAGAAUGUAGCAACAGGCAGUGUCUACUCGCUUGCAUCAUGUUAAAAGGGGACUAGACAAAUUCAUUGAGGAACAAUCUUUCAGUGGCAAUUAACCAAGAUAUGAAAUCUCCAUGUUGAGUGGUAAUAUUCUACCAACAGCCAGUUGCUGUGGCAACAGUAGGACAAGGAUUUUGUCUUUAGGGCCUGCUUGUGAGUUUCUAAGAGACAUCUUCUUGUGCUACUAGUCACAGUGGGAAACGUUGUUAGACUAGGUGGGUCUUUAGUCUGAUACAAAAGGGCUUUUACAUUAAUGAGAGCUUCCUAUGGGGACAUUCUUAUGUAUUAAACAUGAAAAGAUUCUCUCAGGCAUGAGGGGUUGAUAUAUAUGACAGAAAACAAGGGUAUAUACUAUAUUAUGGAAGAUCACUGGUGGGUGCUAACCUAACCCUUGUGCCCCAGUUUCUUUGGUAGGAGAGGCUUCCGUAAUUGCAGCCUCACAGAAAUCAAAGGAAAUAAAUUCUUAUCUGCACCUGC